AUGGCUCUAGCAAGGUCAAGAGUUAUUUCUGAGUACACCAUCUACUUGGCGUGCGCAAUAAUUUGGUUAAUAACCAGUUCUUGGUUGCAAAAAGAUGUACGUGUGUGUCGAACCAGGAUUGCAACUGAAAAUCAGAAGUUUCAUGGAAACAUAUGUUCAAGUUAUGGAACUGCCAUACAAGUGCGAUACGUUUAUGAUCAAAAGCCAGGCUUUCACAAGCUAGGGUAGCUCCAACGGCUGCUGCUCGCUACCCGGUUGGGUGUUGCUCCCGGCCAAAAGGGCAUUUUGUAGAUGGUGUCUGAGACUUUUACUAGCAACUUACCUAACUACUUUACCGAACUCUUUCAUUAUUCUAACAUUUCGUUUGUUUGUAUUUGGCUAAAUUCCUGAUCAAUAAUUCUCUUACUCUAUCUCUCUAUCUUGUACAAUUGUUGUGCUUUGCAUAUAAUGAAAACUGAAAGUAUUUUGUUAUUUGCUGAAGUUGUGAGUUAAUCGUACAUUAGGUGAGGUCUAACAACACACCGAUUGGUCAAAGUAAAUAUUUACUUGA